AUGAAGGUGGACGCAGAGUUGAUGUUUGAAUGUCUAAUUUACCUAAACGUAUUUUAUUACCCCCUAUUUUUCAUAUGUGAGACGAUUCUGGUGGCCGCAAAGUGGCAAAGUGCCGUCCCCACGCCCGGUAUCGAGGAAGAUGCGAGUGUUAUUUUUACGGUGUUGGCUGUCGAAAUUGCGAAAAUCCUAAUUUAUCGGAAAUUUAAAGAUAGAAAACGAGAUUUAGUGACCGGAAUUGCCGUUUUUAUGACGUUCUUUACAAUCGCCGGCUGUCUUUACACGUUUUUUCUGCAGCACUUUGUCGCAAGGUUAGAGUAUAUUUUAUGUGCCAUGAUGACCAUGCUGGCGGCGACUGAAGUGGCCUUUGGGAUCAUGCAAAUUUUGCCGUGUUUCAAAAAAGUCCAGUAUUAUUAA